GUAGUAUAACAUCAGGUAGUAUAACAUUAGAGGAAGCAUUAGGAAUAAAAGCGAGACGAAAGAGCAGAAAGUUGUGGUGGACUGAUGAACUUGAAAAACUUGUAGAGGAAAAAAAGAUACUGUAUUUGAAAUGGUUAAAUUCGAAAUCUGAACUAGACAAGCGCACUUAUAAUGACAAGAAAAAUGAGGUGAGGAGAAUGGUAAAAGAAGAACAGAAUAAAGUAUGGAGAUUUAUAAAAACAACAACAACUGAAAAACAGGAGUCAGCCCCUAUAGAAGUAAUAACCAACAAAGAAUGGGUGAAAUAUUAUUCCAACUUGUCAGAGAACAGACCUGAGUAUCAAGAACGGCCACAGCCAGAAAUAAACACUGAAGGAGAGGAAAUCUACAAUGGAAGAGCAUGUGGCCCAGAGGGGGUAUAUGCGGAACUCAUAAAAUCUGGAAGCGAAAAACUGUUUAGAAUGUUAACAAACAUAGUUAACCAGUGCUUAAAUGGUCAUCCAGUACCUGAAGAGUGGAAAAAAGCAUAUAUCUCCUCUAUAUAUAAAAAGGGCUCAAGUAAGGAUCCCAAUAACUACAGGGGAAUUUCGGUAACCAGCACUAUGAGUCGCCUCUAUGGAAGGAUACUGAGAAACUUAAUUGAAGAGGAAUACUCCAGCUACGAAGAAGAAGAGCAGAAUGGUUUCAGAGGCGGAAGAUCAUGUACAGAUAAUAUCUUUGCGUUGAAACAGAUCAUCGAGAAGAAAUCUGCAACGAACCAGGAAGUCCAAACUCCAGCUUUAAAGAUGGGAUUUCGAAAACUAGAAAAGAUAGGAGGUGGGUUAAAUGGAAGGAAAGUUGCUCAGUUGGAUGCCUGA